CUUACAUACCCAUUUCCACCACCAUCUCCCCAAGUAUCCAACCUCCAUCUCCCCCCAUUUCUCACUCAUAUAUAUACACACACAAAUUAAUACACGUAUACAUAAUUACAUAAGCGUAUGUAUGUAUACACAACACUCAUAAACAUGAACACGAACAACAUGUUACUACUAUGUCUCUAUGCUAUAAUGUUGGUUGAUUAUGCAUAUGUGUUUGCAGAUACAGAUAUAGAUGGAUAUCAUAUCGUUAAUCAUGAUGAUCUACCAUUGCCACCUGUCGAUCCACUUACUCCGGUUUUACCCGAGGCAUAUUGCUCAAGCCCCCCUGGUUUUUCACCACCUUCCUCCACCACUCUGCCACCUGCCAUCGGAUCUUACACCCCAUCACCACCCGCCACAUCAUCUUCCUCCUACCCUACACCACCUUUCUCUUUCUCCACACCACCCACCACCACCAGCACCCCAGGCUCACCUGCCACCUAUCAACCCACUCCUAGCGGAUCUUCCAACCCACCCGCCACCUAUCAACCCACCCCUAGAGGAUCUUCCAAUCCACCCGCCACCUACGAACCCACCCCUAGCGGAUCUUACAACAAUCCACCUUCCGGCUCAAACGAACCAAGCCCACCGACUUUCACAUUUCCGUCUCCUACAGGGUUCAUACCAGCACCACCACUUUUUGAACCGCCAAUUGUGUACCCACCUCCGACACGAUCACCGCCAGCUCAUAGUUCGCCGGAAUCCGCCCUGUGGUGUGUAGCUAAACCGUCUGUACCAGAUCCGAUCAUCCAAGAAGCUAUGAAUUACGCGUGUGGUUCAGGGGCGGAUUGUGAGUCAUUGCAACCAAAUGGUGAAUGUUUUCAACCGGAUACAUUGUUUGCACAUGCUUCUUAUGCGUUUAAUAGCUACUGGCAAAGAACAAAAGUUGCCGGAGGCACCUGUGAAUUUGGCGGCUCAGCCAUGCUUGUCACCGCUGAUCCAAGUUAUGACGGCUGCCAUUUCAUCUACUUCUAAUGGGUUUUCUUUUACAUGAUUAGAGACAGCUUUUUGUAAGUAUAACUAAUCAAAAUAGAGAUAGAAUAUGUUCGUAUCUCAAGAAUUUCUAUGUUUGAAAUAAAUGCAAUGGAAGUUGUGAGGAUUCAAGAAAUAGAUUAACAGUAACAUUCGGUGUAAUACUCAAAUGACAUCAAAAUACAUGUUUCAUUUUGUGCUCAAUGAUACAAAUAAUUAUCUA